AUUACUGCUCUCGACUUUCGGCAGACUAUGUGGACUGGAUGCGAUAUCCUGCAAGCAAUUGCACGCAAUGGUGGUCUGGUGCACUUCAGCAAGAUACGAUGGCAGCGAUCGGCCUCAGCUGCAGGUCUUGCUUUUGGAGCGCCUAGCUGCAGAACGGUCAGUGCGCGACGUGUGUUCUCAACAGCGAAACGAGCGAAACGAGGAAGAGGAGAAAGCGGCGGAACCACUUCGAGCAGAUCAUCGGCAGCAGUUGGAGCCGCGGCAGCGGCGACGCCUCCAACGCAAGCGCAGCUGCGAACGCUUUUCAUGCACUCUGCGGUGCCGAUGGUUGGGUUUGGCAUAAUGGACAAUUUUGUGAUGAUCAGUGCUGGCGACCUCAUCGACAAUACUCUAGGGGUGAAGUUUGGGCUGGCGACGUUGACCGCAGCGGCUUGUGGUCAAGUGGUGAGCGACGUGUGCGGAGUCUGCUUCGGAGGCACAGUGGAGGCCAUCGCGACGAGGAUGGGGCUGCCUGCCCCUGACCUUACGCUGAGACAACGGGGGCUCCGGGCGUGCAAGCUGGCGGCGACGUCGGGAGCUGCUAGUGGGGUCGUUGUGGGGUGCAUCCUGGGGAUGGCUACGCUCCUCUUCAUGGACACCACCCACGCUGAACGGGAAAAGAAGCAGCGAGAGAUGGACACGCUGUUCGCCACCAUCCUCGAUGACGGGCACAAUAUCGUCGGGGCGGCCAAGUGUUCCUUGUUUUUUGUCGACGAGGAAGAGGGAGAGCUGUGGACCAAGGUCGCCACCGACAACGACGGAGAGAUCAAGACGGGCAAGCUGAUAACGAUCCCGAUCACGACAGGGAUCGUUGGCGAGGUGGUCAGGACGAAAAGGCUGCUCAACGUCGCUGAUACGUCGAAGAACACAAACUACUACAAGGGAGUGGACCUCGCGAUGAAGACCACAACACGGAAUAUGUUGGCGGUGCCGGUGAUGAGCCGUAGUGACGAGAAAGGCGACGGGAAAGUAAUCGCGGUUAUUGAGAUGAUGAACAAACCGGAGGGCUUUGACGAGAACGACGAGAAACUGGUGGGGAUGCUUGCCGCCCACGUGGGGGCCUUCAUGGGGCAGGUGUCGGAGGGAAGGGCGGGCCGACACGAGUACGGCGAAGCGGUGCCCUUGCGGCGCUUGCCCACUCCCAAGAACUGA